CUUCUCUUUUCUUUUCAGGUUUUUUUCUGUUUUUGUUUUUUUUUUACUUUUAGGAGUAAAGGCCAGUACAAAGAAGUAUCAGGAUGAAAAGAUGGCCGACUUCUUGUUGCCACUGGGUUCUAACAGCUUCCACCGCUUCACGCCCGAAUCCCUGGCUGCGAUCGAGAAGCGGAUCGCGGAGAAGAUCGCAAGGAGCGCCAAGCAGGAAUACAGGGAACAGUUGGGCGACGAGGAGAUUCUGCGGCCUCAGUUUGACUUACAGGCCUGCAAGAAGUUGCCCGACAUCUACGGCUCUCCUCCGUCGGAGCUCAUUGGGGAACCUUUGGAGGAUAUUGACCCUUUCUACAGCGAUCACAAGACAUUUAUAGUACUGAACAAAGGGAAGACAAUCUUUCGAUUUAGUGCCACUCCUGCCUUGUAUAUACUUACUCCUUUUCAUCGAAUCAGAAGAGCAGCAAUUAAAAUUUUGGUACAUUCAUUAUUCAGUAUGUUUAUCAUGUGCACUAUUUUAACCAACUGUGUGUUCAUGGCAUGGUCUGAACUCCCUCCUUGGAACAAAUACGUUGAGUAUACCUUCACCGGCAUUUACACUUUUGAAUCAUUGAUAAAAAUUCUGGCGAGAGGAUUUUGUAUGACGGAAUUCACCUUCCUCCGGGACCCAUGGAACUGGCUAGAUUUUUCUGUUAUUGUCAUGGCAUACAUAACUGAAUUUGUGGACCUGGGCAAUGUAUCAGCCUUACGAACGUUCAGAGUUCUUCGCGCGCUGAAAACAAUCUCAGUCAUUUCAGGUUUGAAGACCAUCGUAGGUGCCCUUAUCCAGUCAGUUAAGAAACUUGCCGAUGUGAUGAUCUUGACCGUUUUUUGCUUGAGUGUUUUCGCCCUCAUAGGGCUCCAACUCUUCAUGGGAAAUCUGAGGCAGAAGUGUGUCCGAAAGUUUAACACCACCAUUAAUGGCACAUUCAUACCGGAUGAGGCGAGGUGGCCAUCCUUAGAUGCUUUUUUAAAUGAUACAGAUAACUACUUCAAAAAAGAGGGCACCAUGGAUGCACUACUUUGUGGCAACAGCACAGAUGCUGGUUCAUGUCCGGACAAUUACAUCUGUCUGAAGGCUGGUGACAACCCUGACUUUGGGUACACAAGCUUUGAUACCUUUGGCUGGGCCUUCCUCUCCUUGUUCCGCCUCAUGACGCAGGAUUGCUGGGAACGCCUCUAUCAACAGACGCUUAGAUCUGCUGGCAAGAUCUACAUGCUGUUUUUCAUGCUGGUCAUCUUUCUGGGCUCCUUUUACCUGAUCAACUUGAUCUUGGCUGUGGUGGCCAUGGCGUACGAAGAGCAGAACCAGGCCACCAUUGCUGAAAUGGAAGCGAAGGAGAGGAAGUUUCAAGAAGCCAUGGAGGCUCUCAAGAAAGAGCAGGAGGCAUUAGCCCGAGGAAUUGAUUCGAUGUCACUUAGCUCAUUUGAAAUGUCACCUUUGGCAUCGAAAAAUUCCAAGGAACGAAGAAGCCGGAGAAGAAAGAAGAAAUCCUCAGCGGGAGAAGAGGAUGGGGAAGAUCAGAAGGGUCCAAAAUCUGAAUCAGAGGAUGGUCAGCCGAGGACGACCGUGCUGGGUUUUACUUCUGGGUCCAUGGAAAACUCCGUGAAGCGCAAGGCCAGCCACGGGAGCGUCUUCAGCUUCCGGUUGCGCAGCAGGGACCUUGGCUCGGAGGCGGACUUUGCCGAUGACGAUAUCAGCACCGUCGGGGAGAGCGAGAGCCAGCGUGGGUCCCUGCUAGUCCCCAGGAGCGGGAGGCGGCUGAGCGUGCAGAGCCAAACCAGCCACAGCUCUCCAAACUACACGCAAAAUGGCAAGAGGAACAGCUCGGUGGAUUGCAACGGUGUGGUUUCGCUGAUUGGAGGAGGAGGAGGAGGAAGCGCGGACCCAACGACUCCGACAGAUGUGCUGUUGCCACCAGUUAUCACGGAGAAACCUGGAACAGGUGACACGACCACUCCAUCUGAAGAAGUGAACAAGAAGCAGCUUCUGUCACCCCACCGCCUUUCUGUCGAUCAAUCUGAGGAACGUUUCCAAAGGCAACGAGCUGUGAGUGCUGUCAGCAUCAUUACCAGUGCCAUGGAAGAGCUUGAGGAAUCCCAACAGAAAUGUCCCCCCUGCUGGAAUCAUUUUGCCGUCCGCUUUCUCAUUUGGGAGUGUUGCCCGCUGUGGCUGCUGAUCAAGAAGAAAGUGAGGUUCAUCAUCAUGGACCCGUUCAGUGACCUCACCAUCACCCUUUGCAUUGUGAUGAACACUCUUUUCAUGGCCAUGGAUCACUACAAGAUGACGGAGGAAUUCGAGAACGUGCUCAACAUCGGUAAUCUGGUCUUCACUGGGAUUUUUACGGCUGAAAUGGUCUUCAAACUCAUAGCUCUGGAUCCCUAUUACUACUUUCAGCAGGGCUGGAAUAUUUUUGACAGUAUAAUUGUCACGCUAAGCCUGAUGGAACUAAGUCUUUCCAGCAUGGGAAAUGUGUCUGUGUUACGCUCCUUCAGACUGCUGAGGGUCUUCAAGCUCGCAAAGUCUUGGCCGACCUUAAACACUCUCAUUAAAAUCAUUGGGAACUCUGUGGGUGCUCUGGGGAACCUCACUCUUGUCCUCGCCAUCAUCGUCUUCAUUUUUGCCGUGGUUGGCAUGCAACUCUUUGGGGACCUGUACUACAAGCACGUCACGAGAAUCAGCACCACGGAUCGGUUGCCCCGCUGGCACAUGAACGACUUCUUCCAUUCCUUCCUCAUCAUCUUCCGCAUCCUCUGUGGCGAAUGGAUCGAGACCAUGUGGGACUGUAUGAAAGUAGCCGGGCAGCCUCUGUGUCUUCUGGUCUUUUUACUGGUCAUGGUGAUUGGCAACCUGGUGGUGUUGAACCUGUUCCUUGCCUUGCUGUUGAGCUCCUUCAGUGCCGAUAACCUUUCCGCUCCGGAUGAAGACGGGGAGAUGAACAACCUGCAGCUCGCCUUUGCGCGCAUCAACAGGGGGCUCAAUUACGCCAAACGUGCCAUGUGGGAUUUCUGUUGCAGCGUCCUCAGGCAGCCGAAGGCGACGGCUGAAAAAAAAGCCAUGAUGAAGCUUGCGGCUCAGAACCCAGCCGUCGUCCACAACUGCGUCAACAACCACACGGGCAUGGAGUUUGGCAAGGAAGAGGACCACCACAAGGAGAACCACACCGGUGGCGACGGGGUUGAGGGAAACCAGGAGAAGCAGCAGGUGGACCACAACGAUGACUUCAUGACCAACCCAAACUUGUCCAUCUGUGUCCCCAUUGCUCCCGGAGAGUCUGACAUUGAGGAUGAUGAGCAGAGCACAUUUACGGAAACGGACCAGGACAAACAACAGCAACUGAAAGGGCAGCGCUACAAAAGCCCAGCUGUUCGGAGCCAGGCCUCUGAGAUUUGCGAAGAGUUAAGUGAGUUGCAAACGGACAAACAGUCAAAGGACGAGCCUCCGGUCCCAACAGUAGGGGAACAAGAGAAGUUUGAUGAAAUCAGUCUGUCGGAAGGAAGCACAGUGGACCUGGCAAUCCCGCCAGAGCUUCUGGAGCAGAUGCCUGAGCUGGCAGAAGAGAUGAUGGAACCAGAAGACUGCUUCCCAGAACCUUGUGUCCGAUUCUUCCCGUGCUGUUCAGUAGACACCACAAAAUUUCCUGGCAAGAUUUGGUGGAGACUGAGGAAAACGUGCUACCAAAUAGUUGAACACAGCUGGUUUGAAACUUUCAUCAUAUUUAUGAUUCUCCUGAGCAGUGGAGCUCUGGCAUUUGAAGACAUCUACCUCGACAAGAAAAAGAACAUUAAAACCAUGUUGGAAUAUGCUGACAAGAUCUUCACUUACAUCUUUGUUCUAGAGAUGCUUCUGAAAUGGGUAGCUUAUGGCUUUAAGAAGUACUUCACCAAUGCCUGGUGUUGGCUUGAUUUCCUCAUUGUAGAUAUUUCAGUUAUUUGCCAGAUAGGAUCAAUUCUCGGCUAUGACCACCUGGCCGCUAUGAAAUCCCUCAGGACGCUGAGGGCCUUGAGGCCCCUCCGAGCCCUGUCCCGAUUUGAGAGCAUAAGGGUCUCAUUAGUAAGCCUCAUAGCUAGCACACUUGGAUACUCCGAAAUGGGUCCCAUUAAAUCCCUUAGGACCCUCAGAGCUCUGAGACCCUUAAGAGCACUAUCACGAUUUGAAGGGAUGAGGGUGGUGGUCAAUGCUUUGGUAGGCGCCAUCCCUUCUAUCAUGAACGUCCUGCUUGUCUGCCUUAUCUUCUGGCUCAUCUUCAGCAUCAUGGGAGUCAACUUGUUUUCUGGGAAGUUUGGGAAAUGCAUUAACAACACGAUAGGUGAUGACCCUAUGAACCAAUCGUUGGUCAACAACAAGAGCGAUUGCCAAAACUUGAAUGAGACUGGAGAGUUGUACUGGACAAAAGUGAGGGUCAACUUUGAUAAUGUUGGCGCAGGCUACCUGGCUCUGCUGCAAGUGGCAACUUUUAAAGGUUGGAUGGAAAUUAUGUAUGCUGCGGUGGAUUCACGAGAGCGUGAGGAGCAGCCCGUCUGGGAAUAUAACUUGUACAUGUACCUCUACUUUGUGAUCUUUAUCAUCUUUGGCUCCUUCUUCACUCUGAAUCUCUUCAUCGGUGUUAUCAUUGACAAUUUCAAUCAGCAAAAGAAAAAGAUAAGUGGACAAGACAUCUUUAUGACGGAGGAACAGAAAAAAUAUUACAAUGCCAUGAAAAAACUGGGAUCCAAGAAACCCCAAAAACCCAUCCCACGGCCAGUGAACAAGUAUCAAGGCUUCAUUUUUGAUGCCGUCUUGAAUCAAGCCUUUGAUGUCUGCAUCAUGCUCCUCAUCUGCCUCAACAUGGUCACCAUGAUGGUGGAAACUGAUGACCAGAGCCCAGAAAAAGUGAACAUCCUUUACAAAAUCAACAUGGUCUUUGUUGCCAUCUUCACUGCAGAGUGCAUAUUGAAAAUGGUGGCUCUGAGGCACUACUAUUUCACCAACGGGUGGAACAUUUUUGAUUUUGUCGUCGUAAUUCUAUCAAUAGUGGGCUCUGUACUUUCUGACAUCAUCCAGAAAUACUUCUUCUCCCCUACCCUCUUCAGAGUCAUUCGCUUGGCUCGGAUUGGCCGGAUCCUGAGACUUAUAAGAGGGGCCAAAGGAAUUCGAACUCUUCUCUUUGCCUUAAUGAUGUCCCUCCCUGCGUUGUUCAACAUCGGCCUCCUGCUUUUCCUGGUCAUGUUCAUUUACGCCAUUUUCGGCAUGGCCAACUUUGCCUACGUUAAGCAAGAGCAUGGGAUCGACGACAUGUUCAACUUCCAGACGUUUCCCAACAGCAUGCUCUGUCUCUUCCAAAUCACUACAUCUGCCGGCUGGGAUGGUCUUCUCAGCCCCAUUUUGAACACCGGGCCGCCAUAUUGUGAUCCAAGCCAUAUCAAUACAAAUGGCUCGAGGGGAAACUGUGGCAGCCCCGCAGUGGGAAUUCUGUUCUUUGUUACUUAUAUCAUUAUAUCCUUUCUCAUUGUUGUAAACAUGUACAUAGCUAUUAUUUUAGAGAACUUCAGUGUCGCUACUGAAGAGAGCACAGAGCCUCUAAGCGAGGACGACUUUGAUAUGUUUUAUGAAAUAUGGGAGAAAUUUGACCCCGAAGCCACUCAGUUUAUUGAGUACGCCGCGCUUUCCAACUUCGCGGACGCUCUGUCAGAACCUUUACGCAUUGCGAAACCAAAUAAGAUCAAACUCAUAGCUAUGGACCUCCCCAUGGUAAGUGGGGACAGGAUCCAUUGCUUAGAUAUUUUGUUUGCUUUCACCAAAAGAGUGCUGGGGGAGUCUGGGGAGAUGGACGCCCUCAAGAUACAGAUGGAGGAGAAAUUCAUGGCUGCCAACCCCUCAAAGAUUUCUUACGAACCCAUCACAACCACGCUCAGGCGGAAACAGGAAGAAAUUUCUGCCAUCGUCAUUCAGAGAGCCUAUAGGAGCCAUCUCUUCCAACGCUCCCUCAAGCAGGCCUCCUUCCUGUACCGCCAAAAAGCCUGCCACCUAGGCGAGGACGCUCCCGAGAGGGAAGGCCUCAUCGCGUUCAUGAUGAGCGAGAACUACGGGAGGCCGAUAAACAAGUCAGAAACUCUGUCCUCCACCUCCUUCCCUCCUUCCUACGACAGCGUCACCAGGGGCACCAGCGACAACUUCCAGCUAAGGUUGACCGACUCUAGCAAAAGCGACGAGCAUCUAGACGAUCAGCUGUCGCCCGACAGAGACAAAGAGUCGAUGGUUUAAAAAAAAUAUAUAUUGAGUUUUUCAUUUAGGACACUUUAAGAAUAUUGUUUACAGAAUGUAACCACACAACAGUUGAAGCAGCCUUGUUAAACAUUAGUUGCAAAGGACGCAGGAAGGGAGGUCAGCCCUGAACCAGGGUAUGUCAAGGCGUUGGCAGACGUCUAACCUUUCGACCCUUCUCUUUCCAACUUUGCUCAAUGUUUAUAUUUCUAUAUGCACAGGGAGGGGCCGGGGAGGGGGCCGGGGGGGUUCCAGCACAAGGUCCUGGGGCUGUCCUAGCAGUGGUGUGUUUAUGGAGACGCUAGACUGUAACACAGUAAGUACUUUAUAACUAUACACAGAUAAAACCUGACCGCAUACUUUUCAUUUUAAGGUCUUACUUAUAUUAGUGUGUUUACUUACGGCAAUGUAUGACCUUGCAUUCUAUAAUAAGAGAGUGAAGGCGAAGAGAGAGAGAGAGAGAGAGAUGGGCGGAGGAAUCACGUAGCUCCCGUAGCAGCAAUGUAACACUUAUUGUAUAUGUUGUGAAUGGUCUUUCAUAAAUUUAUUAUAUUUGAUAUUUUUUUACUUAAAAAUAUAUAUAAAUAUAUAUAUAAAUAUAAAUAUAAAAUUGUCUCCUUUUCCACGGAGAUUGAUGAUGCUAAUGGUCUACGUGAUGAACUAGGAACCAGAGAUGCCGCCCCGCCCCCCCCCAAAAUGACGGGAGUUGCUUGCCGAGAAAAUUAGGUUGCAAGGCAAAAUACUGAGUCAGCAACAUUUCUAACCUUGUAAUUACCACAGAGACACCCGCCUGGAAUCAUCAGCCGCUUCCUGGCAGUUGAUAACCAAGGGAGCGCAGAAGGAAGGAAGUGACGUCAGAUAAAGCAAGACAUGGGUUGCAUUUUAUUUUUAUUUUUGUUCUAUCCUGCAGGAUAUUAGACACUAAUGGAUUCUGCUUGUAAACCUGCCAAUAAAAGCACUAUUUUUUUACCAUG